AUGAACCGCUUGAGAGAUGAAUUUGUCGACUCCACAAUGGAGGAGAAAAGACUUCAUGAGAAUAAGAACCGUGAGAAAUACUGGUAUAGAUGGGGUCCAUAUCUAAGUGAAAGAGCUUGGGCCACAGUGCGUGAAGACUAUUCUUUCAAUGGUGAUGCUUGGUCGAACUUCCCAUUUGAACAUGCCAAUGCCCGUGUCUUUAGAUGGGGUGAGGAUGGUUUAUUUGGUGUUAGUGACAACAAACAACUCGUUUGUAUGAAUCUUGCGCUUUGGAAUGGUAAAGAUGAGAGAUUAAAGGAAAGACUGUUCGGUCUAACUGGACCCCAAGGUAAUCAUGGUGAAGAUUGUAAGGAAUUGUAUUACUACUUAGAUAACACUCCUUCUCAUUCUUACAUGAAGGCCUUAUACAAAUAUCCUUUCAAGAAAGAAUUUCCAUACAAAGAACUUGUAGAAAAGAAUGCUGAAAGAGGUUACAAGGAUAAAGAGUUUGAGAUCUACGAAAUCGAUGGCCUUUUCCAAGAUAAAGAAACUGGGGAUAGCCCAUACUAUGAUGUCUUCUUUGAGAUGGCCAAAGAUGCGGACAAUGAAAAUGAAUUGAACUUCAGAAUCACUGUCCAUAAUCGUAGUAAGACAGAUUCAGGUGAGUUAUAUAUUGCUCCACAAGUCUUUUUCAGAAAUACUUGGGCAUGGGAUGCCAAGAGCGAAAAACCAAACUUGUACAAGGAUGAAAAAUCCGAAAAUUUACUACAUGUAAAUCACAAAAAGUAUGGUUCUCGCCAAGUUGUCUUUCAGCCAUCGCCUGGUGGGUUUGGUGAAGAUGAUUCUGAAGAUAUUGACGAUAUUGACCCAGUGUUAUUGUUUACUGAUAAUGAGUCGAAUCUAGUCAAACUUUUCAAUGAAAAGGAAAAUCCAUCAAAAUACACCAAGGAUGCCUUUGAAGAAUACAUUGUAAAUGGCAAGAAGGACAGUGUUAAUCCAGCUAAUGAAGGUACAAAGGCUUGCGCUGUUUACCAUUUUAAAAAUAUACCUGCCGGUGAAUAUGUAACUGUUAGAUAUACUUUUACUGAUAAACCAGAGAAUAAAAUCUUUGAAACUGAGGGUAUUUCAGUUGUGGAUGAAGAUCAAUUUGACAAUGUAUUUGAUGAAAGAGAAGAAGAAGCAGAGAACUUUUAUUGGAGAAUCAAUCCAGCUCCAGUUAGCGAUGAAUUGAGAAAGAUCCAGAGACAGGCGUUUGCUGGUCUAUUGUGGACGAAGCAAUUCUAUAAUUUGACAUGGGAUGCUUGGUAUAAUGGUGACAAAAACAUUAAGCCACGCCCACCUCCAGAUAGAGCCAAUGGUAGAAACAAAAACUGGAAGCAUAUGUAUAUCGAAGACAUUCUGUCUAUGCCUGAUAAAUGGGAGUAUCCCUUCUUUGCGUCAUGGGAUACUGCUUUCCACUGUAUUCCCCUGGCCAUGAUUGAUCCUGAUUUUGCAAAGAAACAGUUGGACUUGUUAACAAGAGAAUGGUAUAUGCAUCCAAAUGGUCAAAUUCCAGCGUACGAGUGGAACUUCAACGAUGUUAACCCACCUGUUCAUGCAUGGGCUGUUUACCGUGUUUUCAAGAUCGAGAGAAAUGUUUAUAAUAGGGAAGAUAGGGUGUUUUUGGAGCGUGUAUUCCAAAAACUAUUGUUGAAUUUCACUUGGUGGGUUAAUAGAAAGGAUGUUGACGGUAAAAAUGUCUUUGAAGGUGGUUUCUUAGGAUUAGAUAAUAUUGGUGUGUUUAACAGAUCAGAGCCCCUACCAACCGGUGGUACACUAGAACAAGCUGAUUCAACAGGUUGGAUGGCGUUCUAUUCUUUACAAAUGCUGAAUAUAGCUUUAGAAUUGGCAAAAUCCAAUCCGGUUUAUGAAGAUAUUGCUUCCAAGUUCUUUGAACACUUCAUUUUGAUCAGUGAUUCCAUGUCAUUUGAUUAUGCUUGUGAUGUUCAUAACGGUGUCGAACAAGUUAGUCAAAACCUAUGGAAUGAGCAAGAUAAAUUUUACUAUGAUGCAAUCUCUUGGGGAAACCAUAAAGAACAACUACCUAUUCGGUCAUUAGUUGGAUUAAUUCCACUUUAUGCAACAAUGACUCUAGAACCAAAUCUGUUAAAACAGUUCCCAUCAUUCAAGAGAAGAGUUGAUUGGUUUGUGGAGAAUAGACCUGAAAUCUUCGACAGAAAUGUUGCAUCUAUGUCAAAGAGAGGUGUAGGUGAAAGAUUACUACUGUCCUUGGUCACCAAAGAACGUCUAGAAGCCAUUCUAACAAGAAUGUUGGAUGAAAGUGAAUUCUUAUCAGCAUACGGUAUCAGAUCUCUUUCCAAGUAUCAUGAGAAGCAUCCAUUUGAAAUGGAGGUCAAUGGUAAUAAAUACUGCGUCAGCUAUCUUCCAGGUGAAUCCGACUCAGGUAUGUUUGGUGGUAACUCUAACUGGAGAGGCCCUAUCUGGUUCUCUACUAGUUUCUUGAUAAUUGAGUCACUACAGAGAUUCUAUUUGUAUUACGGCUCUGGAUUGAAGGUCGAAUGCCCUGUAGGUUCGGGUGAUUAUCUGAAUUUGGCAGAAGUCGCCGAGGAACUGGGUUACCGUAUGAUUCAUCUAUUCGUCCCAGACGAAAAUGGUGAGCGUGCAAUCAACUAUGGGGAAUACUCCGAAUUUUUGUCUAAGGAUGAACACUUUAAAGAUUAUUUGCAAUUUUUCGAAUACUUUGAUGGUGACACCGGUAGAGGGUUAGGUGCAUCUCAUCAAUGUGGUUGGACAGCUUUAGUUGCUAAAUGGAUCAGUGAUGUUGGUGCUUCUUGUGUGAGAUUGCCACGUACUCCAAGGUCCUCAGUAUCUACAACUGCAUCAAUUUCAUCCACUGAGACUGAAGAAACCGUUCAUAAGCUAAAGAGAAUGGCUAGAAGGAAGAGUGCGAAGUCACUAGUGAACUUCACUGGUACUGUUCUUGAUCUGACUGAGGAAGAGAAACACUUGCAUAGAAUUGGUGGCACCAGUACUGGAUUAACGCCUCGUAGCAGCGUCAGUAGCGUAAAAGCAGCUGAAAUAAUGAACGAAGAGAUCCUGGAUAAGAUCAAAGAUGAAGAAAUUGAAGCUCAACAGGCUCUUGAAUCCUCGGUCAAGAAAGAAGUUACGGACGACAAAGAUGAUGUUCCAGAAAAUGCUCACAAAUAUGAAAGCACUAUCAUGAAUAAAUUGAAGGAAAAAAUGAAAAAGUUAACCAUUUUACCUAAAGACGCUAGUGCUCCUUGUUCAGAUGAAGAAGAUGAAUUAGUAUGCCAUUAA